AUCAGAUUCAUACCUACAAAGAAAUAUCGCUAUAAAACAAUGAGAGUAGGGAUCUAUGGAUAUUUAAAAGCUUGCGAGAACUCUCCUCUUGGUAUGGAAUCAGRAACUAUUCAAGAUGGCAGUAUAACAGCUUCUUCUGCUCAACAUCUAGCCCAGAACGCCAGACUACAUUACACAUCAGGCUCAUCGUGGUGUGCCUCUACAAGUGACUCUGAUCCAUAUCUACAGAUUGACUUAAGGACAUCUCACCUUAUUUGUGCUGUGGCGACACAGGGAAACAGCAUGGCUGACCAGUGGGUCAAGACGUACCAGAUAAAUACAUCUACUGAUGGUACAACAUGGACCACUUAUCAGGAGAACAAUAUUGACAGGAUAUUCUACGGUAACUAUGAUCGUUCAACUGUUGUACGUCGUGUUCUCUACCAUGGUAUUAUUACAAGAUAUCUACGUCUUGUACCCAAGACAUACCAGCCUAGUUCACCCUGCCUGAGGACAGAGAUUUAUGGAUAUCCUUUUCAGACAAAUUGUCCAAGCAACAGUGUUGGUAUACCCGAUCCUAGUUUAGUACCUAAUCACAGGUUUACAUCAACGCCGUAUUAUUGGCCUUACCCACCACAUCAUGGAAGACUUGGUAAUAGCAAAGCCUGGGCUCCGAAUACAGAAAAUACACCUGGUGAUUAUCUACAGAUUGAUCUUGGUGCUGUGUUCUACAUAUGUGCUGUAGCUACUCAGGGGGCUGGGGAAAGUUUCAAGAUUCACUGGGUGAAAAAGUAUCAAGUAUUGUACUCAACAAAUAACGUGCAGUGGACAACAUAUCAGGACAUGUCUGGAGAAACAGCGUUCAUCGGUAACUCUGACAGAACAACAGUGGUUACUAAUGCAAUAACCAACCCCUUCAGAGCCAGGUUUGUUCGUGUACUACCAACGGAAUACCAAGACUGGAAGAUGCUAAGGGUAGAUUUCAAAGGACUUUCGUUAGGUUGCAGCUAUUCGCUUGGUAUUGAAAAUUCAGAAAUAACAGAAUCACAGAUGAUGUCAUCUUCGUCAUCUGAUGAUUCUCAUAUUGCAUCAAAUGCUCGACUGUAUGGCAAUUCGUCAUGGUGCAGCCAAACAAAUGGUAAUAAUGAGUACAUACAGGUUGACCUUGGACAGGUCAAGACAGUGACAGGUAUUGCAACACAAGGUAACCCAGAUAUGAAUGCAUGGGUGGCGUCAUACAAAGUUAGUUACAGCUUUGAUAACACAUAUUGGAAUGAGUACAAAGAAGGACAGGUCGUUAAGAAUUUUGAAGGAAACAGCGAUAGGAAUGCCGUCAGAGUCAACUGGCUUAGGAAUCCAAUAGCAGCACGUUAUAUCAGAAUUAUUCCUCAGCCCCACAACUCAGGGGGCGGUUACUGUCUACGAUUUGAUGUCUAUGGAUGUGAUAUCUUCGUUGCCCCGAAAGUGAUUUUGAAUACUGUUGACUCCAUCCUUUCAAGCAUCAAAGGAAGUUCCAUUACAUUAACMUGUAGUGUAGUUGGUGAACCAGCACCUGACAUACAGUGGUUUAAGAAUGGAACAAAGAUCAACGGUGCAACACAAUCAACACUACAGGUACAAUUUAUCUCAGCUGAAGACGUGGUGUCCAAGUACAACUGUACAAGACAAGAUCCCAACACACGAGCUGUGGUCUGUAACACGUUCUACACGUGUAGGGCAACGUAUCCAAACUACGUUCCAAGUGGAGGAAUGAAUGAGGCAUCGGGGAAAGUGACGGUGAACCUGAAUGUGCUGGAAUCACCAGAUGUUGCAGUAACACCAAGUAACAGGUCUAUAACACUGAGUUGGACAAUGGAUGCUGCUUCUGAUGACUUUGGGACCAUUACCUCGUACACCAUACAACUCUAUGACCAGAGCGGUUUAAUCGUCACCCAUAAUGCAGACCAUGUUGCUUCUAACUACAUGUUUACAGAUCUCAAGCCGUACACCAACUACAGCAUCAGAAUAAAUGCAAUAAGUACUGUGGGGCAAGGGCUGUGGAGCAAUUGGCUAAAUGCUUCAACACUAAUUGCUGAACCGCAAGGUGUUCCAUCAAUCACAGGGAUAACUUCGCUGUCAUCAGAAAGUAUAAAAAUUUAUUUCAAGUACUCACGAUUAGACCUGUUACAUGGUCCAAUGGCUGGAUUCAGAAUAUUCUACACACCAGAAGGCGGAACACGACAACAGAUUGAAGUGGGUAACGUUAGCCAUGCAACGCUGACAAAUCUUAGAAAAUACACUAACUACGACAUAUCAGUGGCUGUACGAAACACUAUAUAUAUGGGUCCUGUAAGCAGCGUUACAAGAAAAAGAACAUUAGAGGAUGUCCCUGAUAUUGGCCCACAAAACACAACAGCAACAAAGAUAAACGACACAACAUUUCUGGUUACCUGGCAGCCGUUAUCAACAGCUCAAAGUAACGGCGUGGUUACUAAGUACGAGAUCUUUUGGUCAAUAGUUGUUGAGGGAGGUCGUUCACGAAGAUCAUUACAGGAAAUGUUUAAUACUACAACAAAUGCUACCCAGUACACACUGUACAACCUUAGAUUGUGUGCAAACUAUAGAGUAUCUGUCAGGGGUUAUACCAGUGUUGGACCAGGACCCAGAAGUACCAUUAAUAUUUUGACAUCGCAGCCUGAUAACCCUACUGAUGUACAAGCUGAGAGUCUAACGAAGACUUCUAUUGAAUUAAGAUGGAAAAAGCCCUUGCCAAUAUCAUUGGUUGUUGAUGAAUAUAUGAUUGAAGUAAAAGGUUCUAAAACAUACUGGCCAAAGUACUCAUUUUCAGAGACUUACCCGCAGAAUGGAGCACGAACUAACAUGGUUAUCGACAGUCUUGUGCCUGGUACAAACUAUGAAUUCUGGGUAACUGCGUCAACAGAAUGUGGAAAGAGUCAAAAAAGUGAAUCAAGUAAAAAAGACACAGACAUUGACAAUCCUGUUAAGCCUACAGGGAAUUCUGUGACUCUAAAGGACAAAUUUGACGUUCCAUUAUGGUCAGUUGAUCCUGUCAAUGGACCAAUCAGUUCAUAUCAAGUUAUCGUAAUCAAAGGGAACAAAGAUUUCAGUCACUUACCACCAAAUAUCAGUGACUACAAAGAUGCACAAGAGCUUUACGUCACAGCAGAACUGAAACCAAACGAGAUCAAGUCAUCUUUUGCUGUUGGUGACAAUAAAAUAUAUGGAACCUAUAAAAAUGUACCACUAGACAAAGGAAAAACAUCUACUGUUGUAGAAAGAGCGAUUACUGAACGUCAAGGAAAAGUGUAUGCGGGUCAAGCAGCAAUAGUAGCUACAAUUAAAGUAACCCAAGAGAAAAAAGGAGGUACUGGUAAGGGUAAAGGUAUGUCCCCAGUUGGACCAGCUGCAGGAGCCGUGGUUGCGUUUUUCCUCAUCUUGGCAAUGAUAGUUCUAGUAGUGUUAAUUAAACGUCGCCGUCAAAAAAGAGAUGCGAGGAAAGAAAGUACGGUCCCACUUGAUGAUAUUAAAGACAAUGAAAGUGAGAAUGUAAAUAAAGGCCAGGAAAAUGAAUUAGUGGUUAUUUCGACUGCAGAAGAGGCUGUUCCUAGUCAAGAUGACAUUUACGACGAAGCAAUAGAAAACGAUGUGACACCAAUUCCAGUGCGGCAAUUCGCUGAGUACGUGAAAUCCACCAAGGCCACCGACUACGCACGACUGAAAGAAGAAUACAAGAAGCUACCAAACGCCCUUUCCUACUCAAAGGCAUUUGCCAAAAAGCCGAUGAACAAGAAAAAAAAUCGAUAUGGCAACGUCAUUCCAUAUGACCAYUCUCGUGUGAUUAUCGAACAAACCGAUGGUGAUGAGGAUUCCGACUACAUCAACGCUUCUUAUAUAAGUGGAUUCGAUGGAACGAAACGUAAAUAUAUUGCUGCACAAGGACCAGUAGAGCUAACAUUUUCAGACUUUUGGCAAAUGAUUUGGGAGCAAAAUACUGGUACUAUASUUAUGCUGACMAAACUAAAAGAGCUGGGCAAGACCAAAUGCCAUCAGUAUUGGCCAGAAAAUAACGAAACGUACCGACACAUAAAUGUGAAUAUCCAUAAGACCGAGGUGUUCCCGGAUUACACCAUACGUACGUUCUUGUUGAAAAAGACAAACAGUGACGAGAAGCGUUACGUGAUACACUUCCAGUUCACCGUGUGGCCUGACAAAGGAGUACCACAUUAUGCAACUGCUGUUCUUGCUUUCCGAAGAAAAGUUAAAGCAAUGAAUCCUCAGGAUUCAGGACCAAUCGUAAUACACUGCAGCGCUGGUAUUGGUCGUACGGGAUGUUACAUUGUGAUCGACGCCAUGUUGGAACGAUCAAAGAAGCUGCGAAAUGUCGAAAUAGCAAACUACGUCUCAAAGAUCAGAAAAGACAGGAUGAACAUGGUCCAAACUGACGAGCAGUACGUCUUCAUACAUCUGGCUAUAUUAGAAUCUCUUACUUGCGGGAACACAGAAAUACAAGCCUUUAAACUACAGGCUACGAUGAACAAGCUGUUAACAAUUAGUCCACAGAAAAAUGCAACUGGUUACGCACUGGAAUUUGAGCGUCUAAACCUUGUGACAGCUGAUUAUGCAGAAAACGAGUGUGAUGUUGGUGGGUCGAAGGAAAAUGCGUACAAGAACCGAUACUCUGAUGUUAUAGCUUUAAAUGACAGCCGAGUACAACUAAUGAGAGAAGAUACAAAGAACACGGACUACAUAAAUGCGUCUUUUGCCGAUGCCUACAGAGAGCGCAACGCCUUCAUCUUGACACAAGCUCCAUUACAGAACACCAUCGAAGAUUUCUGGAUCAUGGUUGUGAAUUAUGACAUCAAAACGAUCGUGAUGCUCAAUACGCUCGAAGAAAAAAAUGAGCAGUUUCCACAGUACUGGCCACAUGAAGGAUCUGACAAAUACGGUGCUGUUACAGUUGAACUGAAAGACACGCGAGUUGUUGGUGCAUCACGGGAAGUUGUUGCAAGAAGCCUGCAUGUGUCAUACAAAUCGGCGAGGGUUCUUGUUCAACACCUGCAGCACUUGAAAUGGGCCGACAAGUCCAUCCCCGACAAUCCACAGACUGUGUUAGAAUUGCUAAAUGAAGUUCAGCAGUCACAAAGACAGAGCAAUAACGCCACGCCAUUUGUUGUCCAGUGCAGUAAUGGUGUUGGUCGAAGUGGGACGUUCUGUGCAAUAUCUUCGAUUCUGGAGAGAAUGAAGCAAGAGCAAGUCAUCGAUGUGUUCCAAGUGGUCAAAUGUAUACGUUCAAACCGUCCAGGAGCUGUUGAAUCACUGACCCAAUAUGCCUUCUGUUACCAAAUCAUCCAGAAAUACCUCGAUUCAUUCGAUGAAUACGCUAACUUUUCCAGUUGUUGAAUAUUGUUAAUUUUGGACGAGUGGAUUUCAAAUAACUUUUAGAGGGAUUCUGAUAUAGAGUAUUAAUUAAUUGUAGUAAAAAGGUGUGAUAAUCAUCCACUAUGAAUUAUCUUCUCUAUUUCCUAAUUGCUUUUUCUUAUAAUUUAAAGUAAAUUUAGCUAAAUUGUAGUAAAUGUUAGAAUAGUUAUCCACUACUUUAUUUUUAAGAUAUAUAUGAGCUUAUCUGCUAUUUUUUUACUGAAAGAAGCGAGGGGGGGGGAGUGGGCUGGUGCAAAUGGGGAGGGUGCCAUACCUUUUUGUUCAACCAAAAAUGAGGGGCUGCAUGAAAUUAUGCAAACAUUUUUUGGGGGAUCAUGCGUUUUUAGUCAACUAUUUCWGGUUUGAUAUAGCGUAUAAAGCUAAUUAGUUUACAUUUUCAUAGCAAAUUUAAAGCAUAGAAUCUCGGAAGUGACUCCGAGAAUACUUUGGAAAACACAGGUAUUCGGACCCAAGCAAGGGGAGAGGGGGAAGGGUUUUCGGUGGGUAAAAUGUUAAGGAAUGCGUAAGAGUGUUUAUAGAGCAUGAGGGUAUGGAUGGGAAUGAGCUCGUAUGAAUAUUGUAGGUUGGAAGAGAUAUAGGAAAAUAUGAAAUUUGUAAGGAUUAAUUUGAAGGCAAAAAAAAAAAAAUUAUGCACGCUACUUAUGAACCAUUUCUUAACGAAAAUAAUAUAAUGCAUGUAAAAUUGUUCCGCAGAAAAUAGUAAUAAAAGAAUAAUCAUAAAUAAUUAUAAAUAUAUAGCUUAACUCAAAUCAUUUUUUCUUAGUUUAGUUGUUUGUUGCUGUUUUAAAUUAUUCUUUUUCUCGCCGUCUUACCUUGUUUUAACUUGGGUCAGCUUCAACUUUUCUCCAUGGCCAGUUUUGCUUCUACAGUACUAGAAUUUUGAACUAGGAUCGUAAGCAAUCCAGAUUCGUGAUUUUUUCUGCCUUUGCUUCUCAUUUUACUACAAAAAAUAAAAGUUAACAGUCACCGAAAAACCAGUCUAUAAAUUAUASAAUUUUAUAUUCGUGAACACUAGUGAACUUCUAAAUACCUGAAAACAACUUAGAAUAUAUCAUAUUUUUUACCACAAUUGUAAAUUUUCUCGCGCGCUGAUUGGUUAAAAAACGUCGUAAAUAAGAGGCCAUACCAACAAAUGGCGUCAUGCAA